GACAAUAUCGCUAACACCUUCCAAAGCUUGAAAUUAAAAUCAAAAGUAAUUGACCUGCUUGACAACCAGUCCCUCACUAUACGGACUGUCUCUGAAGUGAUUGACCUUAAGGUUGCAAGUUUUCUUACGGUACAGUGUAUGGGCCCCUUUACAUCAAACACUGUUACCCAUGGUAACCCCCAAGUCACAAUUUAUUCAGACGCAUCCCUUACCGGUUGGGGAGGGGUUGUUAACUCCACAUCAACUCAUGGGGAGCAGUGGUCUGAGGAUGAAUCCAAAAACCACAUCAAUUACCUUGAGAUCCUGGCA